GCAGUACAGGAAAAUCCACACACAAGCACAAGGGCUAUUGCGACAGAAUUAAAUAUAGAUCACACAAAAGUACAUCGCAUUAUUAAAAACAAUUUGAAAAUGAUUCCUUUUAAACGCCACACCACUCAGUUACUACGCCAAAAAGACUUUCUUCGUAGAGAGGCUUUCUGUGAUUGGAUAUCUGAGCAGGUGAGCGAAAUGCAUCAAAAUUAUGUCACAAUGAAAAAAAGAACUUUAGCUAAUGUAAACGAUUUAUUUGCAGGUUGAUGUAGAUCUGUUGUGAGUGCGCGACACUCACACAAACUCUACUUGUAAUAACGAGAAGGGUGUCGAGUGACACCUCGCGCGACGACACCGUCCGGCCUUGCUACCGGGCAUCGCACCGGCCUUCACACCGGACAUCACACCGAGCUACAUAUCCGGUUACUCAUUUUGCCACCCGAAAUCUCCUGAUUUCCGGUGGAAUGCGCCUAGCUAGCAAUUGCUGGCUAAGCUAGUGCACGGGCCAAAGGCCCGUGACCGCGAGUGACACCCCUUGGUAACAAGCCGAAAGGCUGAGUAUAUAAAGACCGCGGAAAGAGAACGAGUGGGCUCAUAAUCAAUAAUAAUAGCGACGAGUAUAUGUCGCUCGUCGAAACUACAAACUAGACGAAGUAACUCAUCUUUCGGGUUCGCUAACGAAAACUGUACAGGAAGAAUAAAUAUAUAUCUCUUGUUAUUAACUCUCGGCGUUAUCUCUUGGAAACCUGAUCCCGAGGAGUCAUCGGCAGCGGUCCCGCACUGUAUCCCGAGACCAGGGAUACAACAAAUUGGUGGCAGCGGUGGGAUUCACUGCCGAAAAAUACCGAAAAAGAAAAAAAAAAACGCUCCCUAACGGACUCAGCGCACAGAAGAAAACCGCCGAAGAGAAACAUUAAAGCCAGGGCGACAAUUCACCCGAGGCGCAACGAAGCCGACCUGCUGAUUCUCCGAGACAAGGAAGGAAGAUAGCAUCGGACAACAGCGAUAGCAGUGUUAUCUAAGACGACACCGACCUACCGCAACGUGACGCACCAGCCACAAGCAGCUGAGCGACGGACAACAUGCGGCGAUACAUCGCGGUAAUAUUUAUAAUCUGGGUGACGCUAAGUUCCGCAGAAAACCCGGACAUGAAGGCACCGUAUGAAAUAGAAAAAUUUACGCACCAUCCAGGGAUAUAUUUUGAAAAGCUAGGAGGAUUACAUCAGGUUGAAUCCUUCUGGAAAGUGGUCAUCAAGAUAGACGUGACGACACUAUCAAAACGACUCGCACAGGUAGAAAAAUACGUACGCAAAACGGAUAAUCUAUGCAAAAUGAUAGCAGUCAUAGGGAAAGAAACAUGCGAAAAUUUACACAGCGUUAUUGGAAAAGGGUGUGAAAGAACUAAUAAAUUAAUAGAACGCAUAAACUCAACAUACAAUACAAGAAUACACAAAAGAGGAUUAAUCGACGGGAUAGGAUCAGUCGCAAAAUCAUUGUUUGGUACGAUGGACGCAAACGAUGAAAAAUUAAUUAACGAACAACUAACGGUAUUACACGACUCACAGGAAUUAAACAAACACGCAAUAAAAAACCAAAUAAAAAUAAUGCAAGCCACUAUUGCUCACAUUGAUAACAGUGAAAGAACUAUCCGACAAAACGAAAAUACUCUCGCGGGCGCGACAGACAAACUAAGAACAAAAUUAUUAGAAGACGAACGCCAAAGUAACUUACACGAAAAUUUUAUAAUAAUUAACGCGGUACUGUCUGAUCUAACACGCGACGCGGAAGACGUACUAGAAUAUUUAACGUUUUUAAAAGAAGGAAUUCUGCAUCCUCGGUUAACACCCAUAUCAAUAAUAAUAGAAUCACUUAAAGACGCUAGCUCGCAAUUGCCCGAAGGACUCUACUUCCCAUUCAGAAUAAAAGAGAAUGAAUGGUCGACAAUAGAGAAAUUUGCGACAGUAGGCGCAUACUGCGAUCAAAUAAAUAUAUAUACUAUUUUACGAUUCCCUCUAAUUUCGAUGCCAAAAUACGAAAUACUAAGUGUAAUUCCGCUACCUAUCCCAAGUCAGAACAACAUUUUCUCGUUCGUAGAAAUUAACAAUCCCCUGAUUGCAAUAGACACAGAACAGCGUACUUACAUAACCCUCGCAAAGAACGACUUGCGGAAAUGCAUAGAGAUAAAUACCGAAUACCUAUGCACGGAAAAUCACCCCGUAUAUCGAAUAAACCCAGACUCUAUCUGCGAGAUAAAAAUGUAUCUAGAAACGAAAGAUCAUUAUAAAAAUUGUAACAUAAAAAAUGCGACGUCGAACCACAGUCUUUGGAUAGCGUUAAGUAAUUCACACUCGUGGCUAUACUCGUCACCACGAAAGCAAGGAAUUACACCCCACCACUUCCAUUCCUACGAGAUUAUAAAAACUGACGACCCAAUCGAGCCCCAAAGACUCGAUACUGUCGUUACAAUAAACAAAGUUCAAGCUCAAGAACAACAGCAGCAGCCAGGCGGAACCAGCCCCGCAAAUUACCCCGGUGACAUAGAGUUUACAACACACACACCAACUCCAAGGACAGGAUGA